UCAACAUGGCGUGGCGGUGUUCAGGGAGCUCCAAUGCCGGGCUCAUUGCAAACAUGUGGACCAACGGCCUCAUUAGCGAUCCGCUGGUCAAGGAGGCGUUUCUAAAGGUUGACCGAGGGCAUUACGCCCCUGCCAUGCCAUACCAAGACUCUCCACAGCCCAUCGGCUACGAUGCCACCAUUUCCGCGCCGCACAUGCACGCCUCCGCCGUGGAGCAUGUCCUGCCUCGUCUUCUCCCCUCAGAGACAUCCCCGGCCCCACGAGUCCUGGACAUUGGCUCUGGCUCUGGCUACCUCACGCACGUCUUUGCCGAGCUUGUUGGGGACCGGGGGCUUGUGGUAGGGCUGGAGCAUAUCCGGGAACUGCGAGACUUGGGCGAAGCGAACAUGGGAAAGAGUCCAGAGGGGAAGCGAUUGCUGGACUCGGGAAAGGCGAGGUUUGUGGUUGGAGACGGGAGGCUGGGCUGGGUUGAAGAGGCACGACAGGGCGAAGAGGAAUAUGGCACGGCAUGGGAUGUGAUUCACGUCGGGGCUGCUGCGAAGGAAGUACACGCUCCGCUACUGGAGCAGCUCAAGGCGCCAGGAUGCAUGUUUAUUCCUGUAGACGACGACUCCAGCGGGUGGAGCCAAAGCGUGUGGCGUAUCGAAAAGGACAAGGAGGGCAAGAUAACGCGGAAGAAGCUGUUUGGCGUGCGUUAUGUUCCGUUAACGGAUGCGCCAAAGAGGUAGCUUUUCGCGGCGGAAUUGACUUUGAGAGGAGCCUCCACCUCGCCUCGCAAGACGAGGACUAAUUUUUGGAGUUC